GGAAGGAAGGUUUAUAGAUUCAUUAGUGGUAAAUCGAGUCCUUCCCGUUAGAUAAAGGUGUGUUAAACGUUGAGGCCCUAUUUUGUGAUCAUCAUCAUCAAGCUCUUAUUCCUUCUUUUCGGCUAUUUAAGCCUAGGAACCUAUCCUUGGCGGCUAGAAGAACCCUCAUUCCAGGCCUACAUCAACAUAACAUACACUAUUCAAAUACUGUAAAUCGCCUGUCAUUCACCGAUGCAGCAGGACGCGAACUGAACUGACUAAGCUUCGGCUCAAUAAAUAAUCAUCUGGGAAUAUUCUCAGAACCCUACCUGUCAAUUCCUUCGAUCCGAACCGACCACGAAAACAUGACUCCCACAUUAGAUCCCCCGAAAUCUUCUCUGACGGAGCAGCUUAACUCUCCACCAAAAGCAUCUUUACAAAUCCUCGGGACACAUUUUUCGAAUGAGCAGAUCAAAGUGAUUGAUUUCGAUCUCUGGAUUGACUGUUCGAAAAUAGCAGGAAUCAGAUCUGGGAAGUUCCUGAUGAAUAGUGAAAGCGAUUGCCAGUCCUGGAAUUACUCCGCCAACCAGGACAACUGCAACUUCGAGGAGAUAUUGGAUGGCUGGCUUAAUGAUCGGCUGGGUGGUAGUACGGACGGGCGAUCAACCCCAAGUUUCAGCUGGACGCUUUCUAAACUAGUUUCUUUUCCCGAUGACGAUUGCGCUGCGAUGAAAGCUCAUAUAGAGAGGCUGGCACGCGGGAUCGGCUAUGGUGGGUCUGUCGAGGUAGUCUUUCACACUCCAUCAAUAGAGGCAGAUGUCUUACCCGAGAAACACGACGUGCAAAUUCGAGUGGAGUGGAGGUUUGAUUGUCCUUUCACUCCCGCAGAUCAGGUAUGGAACGAGUUGGUAAUGAACGCAAUGGUCGACCGGCAGAAGGGCUGGAUCUCGCUGAAUGAUCCAAAGCAACACUACGGGGUGUCUCCAUUCCGAAGGGCUAUCAGACGUGGCAAUAAUUCCAGGAUUGUAUCGCAGGAGCAGGAUGCCCGUGGGUUUACGCUCUCCGUACAGCAAUACUCACAGUGGGGCUGUGACGGUUCAUCAUGAAAUGAUAUACGUCAAUAUGGACUAACAGCUUUGUUUUUACUCUUGUUGUUCUGUUGUUAUUGUUGUUGUACUGUGUCCCUACUUUCACCGCUGUUCAUGGGUUGCGAUAGAUAAUGUGGGAUUGAACUUGUUAAACCA